CUAGAAGUAGGCAUCUCAAAGUUGAUGGAAAUCUGGACUGAUUUAGGACUCAAUAGAAAAGAUGUGCUGCUGCGAAAGAAAGUCAUGCUAGGUCACCUUCGAGAUCUUCUUGACGAUAUGGUAAGGGAAGAGGAGUCAACCAGGCAGUCGAUCCUGAAUAGUGUCAAAGCUUAUCACCAGGAAGUGCUUAAGCUGUGUGGGGAGCUAAAAUUAGAACCUUAUAAUCCCAAUGAAGAAUUAACAGUCCUCCAAUUAGAGAAAGACCUCAGGCUAAAAUUAGAAUCAUUACAAAAGGAGAAAGCCAAGAAGAUGGAACGCCUAAAAUCCCUAUCCAGGAUCGAUCAGGAACUGUGCAAUCUUCUCUGUGAAAUUCCGUUCUACGUUCCCAGUGGGAUUGUGCCAAGUGAGGAACAGCUGAACGAACUGGAUAAGCAUAUUAGAAAAUUAGAAGAUGAAAAGGUUGGCAGAGAGCAGAUACUUAAACAGACCAAAGAACAAGUAAAGGAGAUGUUGUUGCAGCUAGAUAUACCACUGGCCUCUCAGUUCGAGCAGGAUGUGAUCAAUGAAAGCGAUGACUCGUUCGUUCUUUCGUCUGAAAAUAUGAAAUUACUUGCAAAAAAAAACCAACAGUUACAGAAAAGGUUAAGAGAGAACAUAGAAACAGCGGAAAGACUGACGACUGAACUUUAUUAUCUUUGGGACCAGCUUGGAAUUUCCAUCACAGAGAGGACGCAAUUCUCAGAGGAAUACACUGGCAUCAAGCAGAGAACCAUACUGGCUCUAAAUGAAGAGAUUAACAGAUGCAAAAUCCUGAAGAUCCAGAAUGCAUCAAUGAUAAUUGGAUCCCUGAGGAAGCAGUUGGAUAAGUUGUGGGAUCGAUGCUAUAUCCCAAUGGAGCAGAGAAAAAUGUUUAAAGGAUUUUAUAGCGAUGAGUGGAAUGAAGAAGUUUUAGUAAAGCAUGAGGAAGAGAUAAGAAUGUUGAAAGCUUACUACGAAGAGCAUAAAUCAUUAUUCGAAAAAGUCCAACAUAGAGAUAUGGUCUGGGAGCAGUUUCUAGAAUUUGAGAGAAGAGCCAGCAAUCCUAACAGAUUAUUCGAUAAAGGAUGGAGCUUACUUCAAGAGGAAAAGGAAAGGAAAAAGAUCACUAAAGAACUACCCAGAAUUGAGAACGAAGUGAUGGAAGAAAUAGACCUCUGGCAGAAGAAAAUGAACAAAACUUUCUUAAUAAACGGCUUUCUGUACCAAGAUUACAUAAAGAUGCAAUGGGACGACUACAGAACGCACAAAGAGAAUGAAAAACAUUCUAGGCAACAAAACAAGCAAAGAAAAACGGAAGAAGAGAUGUUAUUUGGCAGUCGACCCCACGUCACUCCUGUCAAAAAACCUCUAAUCUCCAUCACAGGGGGGUCCAAAUCGUCCUCUAAGAACUCUGCUAAGGUCAGGGAUGUGCUGCUUUUUGGUAUUGCUGUGUUGUAUUGUUAG